AUGGCGCUGGAUAUCAAAUCUGUUCUUGUUUUGGAUUCUGUUGGCACAAAAUGCACAGAUAUACUUGUUGCUCAUGGUUUUCUAGUAACCAAAAGGUGGGCUCUCACUGAACUUGAAUUAAUGGAAAUUAUAGAGGACUAUGACGCACUAGUUGUGCAAUCCUUUACAAAAGUUACGAUAAAUGUUAUUCGUUUUGCGUUGAACUUGAAAGUGAUUGUAAGCACCAGUGCGUACUUCAAUAACAUUGAUAUAUUCGCCGCCAUGGCUAAAAAAAUAGGCGUUAUCAAUUCUCCACGCAGCAGUGUUAUAAGCACUGCUGAAUUUUGUUGUGGAUUGCUAAUGACGUUGGCGAGAAACCUGAUUACUGCAACAGCUACGUACCGUGCCGGUGUCUACGAUCAAACUUUGAUCACCGGCAAUGAGUUGUACGGCAGCACCCUUGCUCUUAUCGGCAUUGGUGACGUUGCCAAAGAGGUAGCCUUGCGCAUGAACGCUUUUGGAAUGAGGAUUAUUGGCUACGAUGAGUCCAUGUCAUCCAUGCAAAGCCGGAGAUUCUUCGUAAAUAAAAUGAGACUGACUUCAAUAUGGCCUCUAGCAGACUAUAUUAUUCUUUUCGCCCCUCCCUUUGCAACAUCUCGUAUUUAUAUCACUUCUGACGUACUUAAAAUGUGCAAAACGGGUGUAAAAAUAAUAAUUAUGGGACAUAUAGGACCGUAUCAAUCACGUGAAAUAUAUAACGGACUUUUGGCUGGACAGAUUGGUAGUGCAGCUUUUGAUAUAUACGAUGACAACUCUAAUAGAGACGUUUAUAAAGUGGCCAUGUUCCAGCAUCCUGCUGUAAUAAUCACCAAAAAUCUCGCUACGCAGACCGAGGAAAGUUUAGAGCGUGGGGGUCAAGAGGCGGCGGAGCAACUAGUAAACUUAUGCAAGCCUGGUACCUUUACCAUACCACCAUCCAUCAUUGUCCGCACCGACGGCAUGUGA